GUGGUGUACUGCAACGUUUUCCAGGACCAUGAAACCGGGGAAUCCAAGUGCAGUGCAAAACUUGAGUUGGCCUCCGCAGAUCUCGUGGACAAAGCUCUGCGGGAGCUGGAGGGUGUGCAGCUGGAGGGGGGUCGAUUGUCCCUCCGCCGACCAGGCGAAGCCCGGCAACCUCUAGCCCCAGAUGGCCGUACGAUUUUCCUGGGAGGGCUAAGUUGGGACGUCGACUCUGACGCCCUGAAAGCUUUCGCCAGCCGGGUUGGUGAGGUCACCUAUGCUGCGGUGUUCACCAACAAAGACACGGGAAAGUCCAAGGGCUCAGGCAAGGUCCAGUUUGCCAACACAGAGCUUGCCAGCAAAGCCGUUGAGGAGUUGUCCGGCCAAGAGCUCAUGGGUCGCGAGGUCCACGUUCGCAUGAUGGAGGCUCAGCCAAAGAAGUCGAGCUAG